GUCUCGUGGGCAGCCGUGCCUGCCGCCUUCCCCGCCGCCGCGCCUGCCGCCACCGCCGCCGCCGGGGGAGCCGGGGCACGCCGCAGGCGCCGCGCGGCAAUGCGGGGCCGUGGCGGCGCCGAGCCCUGACUAAAGAUGGCCGCGCUGCCCGGUGGGAACAUGGCGGGGGGCGGCCGGGGGGCGCGGGUGGUGCUGCUGCUGCUGCUGCUCGGCGGCUGCCUGGGCCGGCGACCCCCGGCUGCAGCCGCUGCCGCGCCGCCUGCCGCCGCUGUUGUUCCCCCCUCGGCGGCGGCAGAGGAGACGGUGAUCAUCGGCCUGCGGCUGGAGGACACGGACGACGUCUCCUUCAUGGAAGGGGGCGCGCUGCGGGUGAGCGAGCGGACGCGGGUGAAGCUGCGGGUCUACGGGCAGAACAUCAACAACGAGACCUGGUCGCGCAUCGCCUUCACGGAGCACGAGCGGCGGCGGGGCGGGCGGGCGGCGGCGGGGGCGGCGGGGCGCGGCGGCGGCGGGGGCGGCGGCGGGGUAACGGGCGGCGGCGGCGCCCCGCAGCGCUGCGGCAUCCGCACCUCGGACAUCAUCAUCUUGCCGCACAUCGUACUCAAUCGCCGCACCUCGGGCAUCAUCGAGAUCGAGAUCAAGCCCCUGCGCAAGACGGAGAAGAGCAAGUCCUACUACCUGUGCACCUCGGUCUCGGCCCCCGCCGCCGCCGCCUUGGGGCCCGGGGUCGCCGGAGGGCUGUCGGGCGCCGAGGGGCCAGCCGGGCCCCCGCCCUGGGGCGAGACCACGUGGAUCUACCAUGACGGUGAAGACACCAAGAUGAUCGUGGGCGAGGAGAAGAAGUUCCUGCUGCCCUUCUGGCUGCAAGUCAUCUUCAUCUCCCUCCUCCUCUGCCUGUCAGGCAUGUUCAGUGGCCUCAACCUGGGCCUCAUGGCCCUAGACCCCAUGGAACUGCGCAUUGUGCAGAAUUGCGGCACGGACAAAGAGAAGAACUAUGCCAAGCGCAUUGAGCCCGUGCGCCGCCAGGGCAACUACCUGCUCUGCUCUCUCCUGCUAGGCAAUGUCUUGGUCAACACUACUCUUACCAUUCUAUUGGACGACAUUGCCGGCUCUGGGCUGGUGGCCGUGGUGGUCUCCACCAUCGGUAUCGUCAUCUUCGGCGAGAUCGUGCCGCAGGCCAUUUGCUCUCGGCACGGUCUGGCCGUGGGCGCCAACACCAUCUUCCUCACCAAGUUUUUCAUGAUGAUGACCUUCCCGGCCUCCUAUCCCGUCAGCAAGCUGCUGGACUGUGUCCUGGGCCAGGAGAUCGGCACGGUCUACAACCGUGAGAAGUUGUUGGAGAUGCUGCGUGUCACCGACCCUUAUAACGAUCUAGUCAAGGAGGAGCUCAACAUUAUUCAAGGAGCCCUGGAGCUGCGCACAAAGACUGUGGAGGAUGUGAUGACUCCCCUCCGAGACUGCUUCAUGAUCACUGCCGAGGCUAUGCUCGACUUCAACACUAUGUCUGAGAUCAUGGAGAGCGGUUAUACCCGCAUCCCCGUUUUUGAGGGUGACCGCUCCAACAUCGUGGACCUGCUCUUUGUUAAGGACCUGGCUUUUGUGGACCCUGAUGACUGCACCCCACUGAAGACCAUCACUCGCUUCUACAACCAUCCACUGCACUUCGUUUUCAAUGAUACCAAGCUCGAUGCUAUGUUGGAGGAAUUCAAGAAAGGCAAAUCUCACCUGGCUAUAGUACAAAGAGUAAACAAUGAAGGAGAAGGGGAUCCUUUUUAUGAAGUCCUGGGAAUUGUUACUUUAGAAGAUGUGAUUGAAGAAAUCAUCAAGUCUGAAAUUCUGGAUGAAACAGAUCUAUACACUGAUAACAAGACAAAAAAGAAAGUAGCCCAUCGGGACAGGAAGCAGGACUUCUCUGCCUUCAAGCAGACAGACAGCGAGAUGAAGGUUAAAAUAUCACCGCAGCUCCUCCUGGCAAUGCACCGGUUCCUGGCCACAGAAGUAGAAGCAUUUGGUCCAUCCCAGAUGUCAGAGAAGAUUCUUCUCAGGCUGCUAAAACAUCCCAAUGUCAUCCAGGAGCUGAAAUACGAUGAGAAGAACAAGAAAGCCCCAGAACACUACCUCUACCAGCGAAACAAGCCUGUCGACUACUUUGUUCUCAUUUUACAGGGGAAGGUGGAAGUGGAGGCUGGGAAAGAGGGAAUGAAGUUUGAAGCUGGUGCUUUUUCCUACUAUGGGGUGAUGGCCCUCACAGCAUCACCAGUUCCCUUGUCCCUGUCUCGUACCUUUGUUGUCAGCAGAACAGAGUUGUUAGCAGCAGGUUCUCCAGCUGAAAACAAGUCCCCUCCUCGUCCCUGCGGCUUGAAUCACUCAGACUCUUUAAACCGAAGCGAUCGCAUCGAUGCAGUGACACCGACGUUAGGGAGCAGCAACAACCAGCUGAACGCAUCGUUCCUGCAAGUGUAUGUUCCAGACUACUCAGUGAAAGCACUCUCAGACAUUCAGUUUGUCAAGAUCUCAAGACAGCAGUACCAAAAUGCCCUGAUGGCAUCCCGGAUGGACAAAACACCUCAGUCCUCGGACAGUGAAAACACUAAAAUCGAACUGACUCUGACGGAGCUGCAUGAUGGUUUGCCCGACGAGACAGCAAACUUGCUGAACGAGCAGAACUGUGUGACUCACAACAAGCCCAACCACAGUAUGCACAGUGAAGGAGCCAUCUAGGAGCUGACUCCCCACAACUCAUUCAUCCCACCUCCUCAGCAGGACCAGCCCUCGCUCCUUCCUGCCUCCUCCCUGAGUGUGAACACCGUUAGUACGUGCUUGCAACACUGUGCUGCAUCCAGUGUUCUGAGACCAAAGACUUUUGCGUCCGUUCUGGGAGCAGAAGAGGAAGAAACAGGAAGAAAGGAGCAAAGAGCAAGAGAGACUAAAGUCCCAAGUGUACUUUGGGAAUGGUGAGCCACCCUUGAGAAUGGUGAAAGUACUUCUUGCAAAGUAGAAUUGUGUUUAUUUUUUAUCUGUAUUUUUUGAUCCUUGUUGGGUUUUUCCUCCUCAAACACAUAUGGAGAAGUUUAAAGGCUCCUCCAGUUAUUUUUUCAAGAGAGAUCAUGUUUUUAAAAAGUAUUUUGCAGAGUUUUAAAUUGUUUCUGUCCCUCCUGAACCUCAAAUGGGCUCUGUCAUGGUUUUGUGAAUUAGCUCCAAUGUCCUUAGGUCUCUUUUCUCCCUUUUUUUUGGUAAUUUUUGUUGCCCUGUUGAAGAAGUUAGUAACUGGUACUUGUAUGUUAUUUGUGUCCUAAGAAUGAGUGAGCUUCAAGGAACCUCUGGUUUCAGUCACCUAGAGGGCUGAGGGGUGAGUGUGACUGCAUUCUUCCAGUUAUGUUUCAGGGAAGGAAUGAUUACUUUGAUAUUUAAUGAUCUCUCCAAUUUCAGAAGGUUUCUUUGUACAACAGGCAAAAGCAUAGUUAUGCUUACAGUUUUGUGACCUCCAGUAACUUUGCAUACGUUGAAGGUGAGGGGGGAAAGAGUUAGCAAAACUGCAGCCUUGUGUAAUGAGAACCAGGUGUAAUUUCCCACAGUCAAAGAACUGGGAGGUUUCUGGUUGCUGUUCCUGACAGUUGCAUGGUAAAAUAAUGUGCGCACCCCAAAAUGACAAACUUUCAACCCUUCCUGUGCUGUAGUGGUCUGCACACCAUUACUUUGGUUGGAGCAGAUGUUCAGGCUUUGCUAAGUAACUGGGAAUAUCAGUUCCCAUCCCCCUUUCCAUCUCUAGUAUUAACACCAAAAAAUGCUGCUAUGGUUAUGCCCAAAGUACACCCUCCAGGUGACAGUGAACCUUUGCCAGUGCAAGGAUGGGCUCUGCCAAGGAGUCAGGACCAUCCUUUUCUCUCCAAGAACAGACAAAACUUUCCAGACACGAGUGUAUUGCACUUCAGGGAUUCGGUGAGGUUCUUUUCCAGGCUCUCUGUAGCCACAUUCCUUCCUUGGAGCAGAUUUAGUGCAUUUCCUUCUCUUCUUGCCCCUUUUAACAGCCAGUUUAGGGAUUACCAUGGUAGCAGAGCAGUUUCCCACCCAAGUGCUGCAAGUGCAGGGCACCCUGACUCAGGCAGCAGAAACCAACUCCUCUGCUCCAAAAAACUGAAUGCAGACUAGAUGAAAGCAAGAUGCACACUGUGGAAGUUCUGCAUCACACAUUCCCCACUUCCACAGAUGGACUUUGAAGUCCUCAAAUGAAAAAAUAAAUUCCAAUUGCCCCCUCAUUUUCUCCCAUUCCAGUGCUGUCUCAAACUAAAUGUGAACAUUUCCCUCGGUAUCUGAGGUGAUUAAUAGAUCAGGCAUUGUGGUUUGUCUGUUUUGAGACCCUCCUGUGGCCCCUGGCUAUGUAGCAUUUCCUUUCCUUUCUUCACACUUGGAUAAUCUCAUCUGACCCUCAGAGAAAAGCCAAGCCCCAAAUGCAACUGCCAGAGCUCUCUGUCUGCAUGCCUGCCCUGUCUCUCCUGCUUACAGGCUGGGGAAGACACAUGCUGCAAGUUACUGUGAUCCAUCUUCGCAAGGGUGGCUGGAAAGGUGCAAUUUUUGCUGCAGGAUCUCCUCACAGGAAACUGGAGUGUGUGUGGUGUCAGAGCCAAUUUGGUCUGCUUGUGUCUCUCCUCCUCUUUCAGCUUCAGAAAGCAGCCUUAAUUUGGCUAUGCUUCCCAAUAGGAAUGAUGCACUUCUUCCUUGGAGCCAUUCCUGAGGACGAAGUCCCCAAAAGAAGACACAGGAAUCACGCAACGUCUAACUUGUGCACCCAGUGAGGAGGAGGUGGGGCCCUCAAAACCCUUACUCUCAUAUUUAGCUUUUAAUUAACUUUUUGGGAGUCCCAUCUAAGAGUGUUUCCUUAGCCUCAUCCUGCUCUGGUACGCACCAGCCUGCCACCACCGAGAGCGGGCAGCCUGGCGCCGGCACGGUCUGACAUAAGCCCUGCUUAUGCCCAGGUAGCUGCCAAUAUUGCACCUUUCUUGUGAAGCAAACUGUUGGGGCAUUGCAGAGUUUGUCUUUGGCAGGGGACCUGCCUCUCCAGUUUUCAUCUAGAGUUGCUGAAUGUCCAAGUUUGUUGAAAGUGUUUGACUUGAUGGUGAAUUUGAGAUGCAGUAUCUGCUUUGUCAAACCUGCCAAAGGAGGUAAGGCAGCUCUCUCUCUGGGAUGGGGUCGCUCACUGAAUCUGACUUCUGCCUCUUAUGUCAGGUUAUGGUUUUGUUUCAGUGUCUUUCAAAACAACAGAUAAUAAGAAAAGAAAAAAAAAAGCCAGUUUUUCCAACCAAAGCCAUGAGAUCCCAAAGCAAAAUACCUCCUGCUUCUGCCCAUGCCUCACUCUCCCAAAAUCUGCAGGCAAUUUUUUGCAUGACUGUUUUUCAUCCUUUGUAUGGAUCUGAUAAUGGAAAGUGAAAUGAUUUCCAUAAAAAAUAGUUGAUUGUAGGUGUGUUUCAUGUGGGAAUAGGUACCUGACCCAAAGGGCUUAGGAGCUGCUACUGCUAAUUAGCUUGAGGAAUGAAGCAUGAUCCUCUCCCUAGAGAGGAAACAAUCUAGUCUCCCUGUUCUCAGGGUAUUUGCAGUUUUACUGCUUAACAGAUGCAAAGGGGUUCCCAGCCCUCACAGUGGGAACCAUCACAAGCAGAGGAGCCCAGCAUCCAGAUCAGGAUUGCUUCUGAGCCUCCAGUUGGCAUUUGCUAGUGCCAGGACUUGGCUUUUCCAACCGCAGUGGCACCUGAGCCCAUGCUCUGGCAGAGGGUGUCCUGCCAGAGCAGCUCUGCUUUCUCUGCCUCGCUGGCCGCCUGCCUGCGUUCAGGUGGGCUCAGAUGCCGGAUGCCUUGCUGCAGUGCCGUAAGGAUGCGUGGCUGGACUGCCGGUCGCUGCUGCAGUGCAGGGCACCAGCUUGUGGCUUUGGUAAUCAUUAGACUUGACCUCGAACCUUGGCAAGGCUUUGACUUGUAGAAAAGAUACUGCAUCUUCUUCUGUCAACUCCUACUGCUGCCUUUGUUCCCCUUGUCCACCUGCCUGUGUGUGCAGGCAGAGGGAUGGACAACGGCCUGCUGGCCUGGGGAGGCUGGGAAGGCAUCUAGCCAUGGUUUCUACUGUCAAUACAAUUUUGCACAAGAGUUCUUUGAAGUGAGGUUUUCAACGCUAAUAUCUUAAAUGCACAACUGUGAAUGAUAACUUUUACACUCCUGUUGGUUGAGUUUCCUUUAAAUGAAAUGAACCUGAAUCUGUUGUAACGAUGAUUCUUUUUUUUUAAUUCUGUGUAUUGCCAAAUCUUUGUAAAGAUUGAAGGAAUGUUCUUGCUUUCCAAUGAGAAUCUUUCUCCAAAUAAGACUGACUCUGGUGACGUGGAGAUCAUAUGAAGCAUGCUGGUUCUGAGAGGAGAGAGGGACUCAGGGUGGAUUUAGCAGACUGACCUUGGCCUCUCUGCAGAACGCAGGCUCGGACCCUCCAGAGUUUACAAAGUGCUUGUUGUUUUAUUCCCAGCUUGCUCACUCCCUGAAAUCCCUGUGCAGCUGAAGGCCACUGCCCUGGAGUUGCUCAGGACAGGAUAUCCCAUAGAGGUACAAGGGAUGCUGGCAGUGUGUCUGGGCUGGGUGGGGAGCAGAAGCCCCAAGGCAGGGGUGGCAGGAUGAGGUGCUUCUCCCAUACAGCUGCACCAGGAGAGAAAGCUCCACAGGGUAGGUCCUUCCACCACUCUCCACUUCUGCUCUGCCUGUAGUCCUGUGUAGUUCCCUCUUAUGCUCUUUUUGUUCAUAUGUACACUCCAGCUCCAAAAUAAGCACGGAUGAGAUGAUGCCAAGGUCUGUGUGGGGGAGCUGGAGCUGGCUGCACAGGGCUUGCAGCUUUUGGGCCCUGUUGAAAAAGGGGUCAGCCACUCAUUUACCUAUUUACAACUAUUCUGUUCCUCCUCCCCUAUCCUGGUCUUACUGCCCUUUUCCUCACCACAGGAUUUUUUUGUUUGGUUGGUUGGUGUUUUUUUCUUCUUUUCUUUAAGUGCCUUUUUGUGCAGAUGGAGCUGACAAGAGUAGGAGUCUCAGGGUAUGGCCCUUUGCACUCACCUCAAACCUGGAGAAAGCUCAGGGGGAGCAGGGCAAGUUACCCCAUAAACGUCACCUGUUGCUGCUUCUCAGCCUUCAGGGACCUGCUUAGAUGCUGACAAGAUUUUGGUACCGGUGGUGUUAAGCUCUGGCUCAGGUCAGCUCAAAGAAAACCAAAGAGGUAGCUUUGUGUGAGGGGGGUGCUGCUUGGGCAGCAGUGGUGCUUCAUGUGAUCUCUGCAGAGCUCAGCUGAGGGGCAUGGGGUGUGGGCAGCAAAGAGCAGCACUGUCUCCUCACAAGCAUCCUGUGUAAGUAUCCUACGUGAUGGAGAAUACAGCCUAGUUCUCCAGGAGCCCUCGGGACAUGUACCUUCCUUGUGCUGGAGUACACUAUCCAUAGCAACCGUCCCCCCACGGUGGAUGUACCAUACUUCAUGUGCUAUCCAAUACACACAUCUGUGGCUUUAAAGCUAGUACCUGUGUAGCAGCUGUCGAGUUAUCCAGUGUCUGCAUCAUCAGUAGAAAACGGGCCGGGGGGUGGGGAAGGAUGGUGCAAAGUAUCUCUUGUUUGUGAUGCUAACUUGAGACUUCAUCCCAAAGGUGUCCAACCAGCAUUGAUGGGUUCCUGCCUUUGUGCUGUGCACUGCCGUGUGUGAAGCUGGCACAAAGCAGAAAGGCUUUGGGCCUGCUGCCCACCCUGCUGCCUGUCUCACUGCCUGGCUCUGCAGUGGUCCCUGGAUGCUGAGGGUUGGUUUGGCCCAAUGAGAAGUUCAGUAUGAUGGAAAGGCAGGCAUCUGUUCACGGCACGGAGGAGAAAACAGCUUGACUAGCAAGGAGGAAAGCUCUACACUGCAAGCUGGGCUGGGAAGCUGCCCUCAUCCCUGCUCUGUUGUUAUACUUGGUCCAAUGGUUGCAGGUUUCUUGUUGGUGAGAUCUCUGUGGUGAUACUGACCUCACUGCCAUGCCUUGGCAGAACAGGGAACUCGGACACAUUCACGGCUUCCCACAGAGGCCCCCUGACGUUCCCACUCGCUGUCUUGUUCUUAUUCUAGAAUCUCCUGGCUUCAUGCUGAGUUACCUUCCUCCAUGGUUAGUUUCCUGGCCAUGUCCUUGGGGCUGUGUCCAGGUGAGGUGAUGCUGUUGGCUCAGGUCUGAGGUGACACAGUUGAGCUUUUCGGUCUGGUUGUGCACAUUUGUGUUCUGUAGAAGCUGGAAGCUCAACCUGGGGAGGCCAGAGCAUUCCCUAAGAGAAAGCCCAGGUUAUCCCAGCACCCUUCCUUCUGUGAGUACAGGAAUGGGAAGGGGCUUCCAGAAAGCUGCCUCCAGGCUGUGGUAUGUUACAGUUAGUGGAGGGCAGUGUUUCACAGACUGGUAGCACCGAACGUGGUUGAAGCGACAUCUUGUUCUCGUUAUCUUGAGGUCAGGCUCUAUAGCAGUUCUGCACCUCAGAAAUACGGUACUCAAAGCUGCUUAUCUUCUGAUUCCAGCUUGAAAACAACCUUCUGCUUUCUCCUGAGGUUUCUCCUUUGGGCCCUGUUUUCCUCUGAGCCAGGCCUAUCACUGGGAUCCUGCAGAGGACAAUUUCUUGACUGCUCUCACCCCUCCGGCAGAGAUUUCUGGAUAACGAAGUGCUUGAUGGUUUAUCCUUGCCCCAGCAGGAGAGGUUUGGCUGUUCUCAGCAGAAGCUGCCUGUCACAGAGUUGGGCUUGAGGUUUGUCAGCUGUUGAGAGCAAAACAAGCACCUGAACAGACAAAGGCUGCAGGUGGCUUCAGGGCUCCAGGGGUGGAUUUGGUGUGUCUGUUGUCUUCCAGAAAUCAGUGUGGCAGUUGGUUGGUAGCAGGAUUUGUUGGGGAGGGGUCACCUGUCCCAGCACUUAGUACUUGGUGGAGCAGUCUAGCUUUCCAUCUGAGCUGCUUGGAGACUGCAGAGCUGUAUAAAAGGUGGUGUUAUAUUAUCCUCAAGGAAUUACUUCCAAAUUCAAGUCAGGAACUUGAAGGUGUCAGGUGAGUAGCCUGAAUCAUAGGCCUUAGUUGGAAGUGCCAGUAUUGAAUGCAUGCCUGGGAUUUACCCAGGUAUCAGUGUGGGAGGGUGGAGAGGGCUCCUGGUGAGCUCCUGGGCUCACACAAGUGGCAGGCUGCCUGGGCCUAGGUCAGCUCUAGCAUCAUGCCUCCGUUAAAGUCUCAGGUCCCAGAAGACUGGGCUGGGCUGCUUGGCCAGCAGGUUUUAACCAGGUUGUGUGCUCUGUUCUUCUGCAUCGUGCUGGCUCGCAUUCAGCAGUGUGGCUUUCUGUGGCUGCUGCUCUCACGUCAGCCAUGGCUCUUCUCCCUGUGGUUUGGUUGGGUGUUCAGGAAGGUGAGAGAGGGAGGUGCAGCAGUCCGGAGCAGAUGGUACUGCAGCUAUCCUGUCUUCAUGCCUCACACUAGGGAUAGGAAAUACUGCUCAAGGGACUCUGCCCUCUUUGCAGACCACAUGGGAUUUGGGAAGUGGAAACCUACCAGGACACCAGCACCAGUGCUCCUGUCCCAUUUGAUCCAUGUUCUCCUGAGCACAAGGCUGGUUAUGAGCAGUUCAGAGUCGGACCCUGCUGAGGGACCUCAGAGCUUUUGGUGUGUGCUUUCUCCAGGACACACAGCUGCAGAGCCAACCUCAGGACCUGAAUCAUGGGGCAGGUGCCUGGAUGCCAAACACACUGAAUCUGAAAAACCAAAUACUUGAGCAGUGUUCCUGGAAGCCACGAGCACCUGGUGCUCAGCAGCUGGAGAUCUCGUACCAGACCUUUCUCCUGUGGUCGUGUCCCUCCUGGCUGCCCUAAGCCCCCCUGCUGGCCACUGCUGGCUCAGGCUCGGUCCUCCCCCGCUCAGACGCGCGGCUGCUCUCCCUGUGUGGUGCCUUUCCACGGCUAUCCGAGCGCUGUCAGCCACUCCGGCCGGCUCUUCCCUGUGUCUUACCAUCAUACCUGGUCUUUGCAAACUGUAUCAUACUGUACAUGCCUUGGGGUUUCUAGAGGUGUGGUGUUCUGCCUGCAGUAUUUCCAUCUGUGUACAUAAACCCGGCUAAGCACAAGCGAGCUCCUGAAUGAAGUGUUUCACACAUUGAUUGUCCUAUGGAUUAAUUUUAUAAUGAUUCUGAUUGUGUUGUAGAUUUCCAAUCUUUCCUAUUUAUUUUGUACCAGAUUUGUUUGUAUAUUUUGUGAUUUUGUUUAAAAGCAUUUGUUUAUUUCUAUUCUUUUUAGAUAAAUGAUGAUGAUUUUUUUUUUCUGUUGAACAUUCCAGUUCAUGCAUUUUUUUCCCCCCCACUCCUUCACACUCCAUCUUCAUUUCCAAGGGAUGGAUUUUUGGCAUGUGGGUGGUGGGACUGAUGUCAGUGAUGCCACACCCAGGUCUUUGCUAUUGGCCACAUCAGCAAUCUGUAAUCUCUACUUCAGCUGUCAAGAACCAUGGAGGGGCCUGAUCUUGUUCCCCUUGGAGCCAAGUCUUGCUCUUUGCUUUGGUGGUCCUGUAAGUCCUUGAGCCGGGGAGGGCUGUGCCUGUGAUUUUGCUGACCAAGAGCUGGGGAGGUGGUGGCAACGGCAAGCAGCUGACUUUCUGAAGUUCCCUCAGGGGUGAGGGACUUUUUUCUUCCACUAAUAAAAACCUUUUAUUUACAA